GUCAGCUGCUGCAGGUCCUACAAGAAGUGGCACCCAGGGAUAAGCCACCGAGAGGUGGCAGUGGGAGGUAUGGUAUCAGGAGGGUGGUGGGGGUUACCUCUUCUUGGCACCUUGGGGACCAGAUAUUGGUCGUUUUUCCUGUCUGGAUCUUUGAGCUCUUGUCUGUGUCAUCCCCUUAGAGCUGUAGGCAAGUGGCUCUGGGACCUGGAUGACAAGGGCGACUAGGGCAAUGGGGCCCCCAUGAUGUCCAGCACUGGGCUCUGACCUCCCCUGAGGACACAGUGCCCCUGGGACCUUUGACACCCAGGGAUCUGAGGGGCCUUGGCUCUGGGGAGGGGUGCAUGGGGGACUGUGGUUGCCCUGUGCCCCACUGACCUCUUCCCCUCCCCCACUCCUUCCUGUCUGCAGAUGGUUCGUCCAGGAGUCAACAGCUCCACCACCCCUUUUGGUAAGAACAGAAGAGGCACCCUCUCAUUGACACCGUAAUCAUCAUGUUACGUUUCUAAUGUUAAAAGGGUCCAGUGAAUAAGAUUUAUAGAUGGUGGUGACUGAUCAUGAGAGAGAGCUGCUGAGCGCCCGCUCUGAGCCAGACAGUGCCGAGCGCCAGUCGGUUCAGUCCUCAGUAACCCUGUGAGCUGGGCGGUUUGUCCCUGGGCCGCAGCUGAGGACCUGCGAGCACAAAGAGGCUCUGGUUUCCCCACACCCCUCUCCUUAUGGAGGGGGCUCGUUCCUGUAAUCUCUGCACAUUGGGGUGCUCUCUGUUCCCCUCUUCCCUGAAGCUAGGGCUGCAGAACCAAGGAGGUUGGUUUUGAUCCUUACUCUGCCACGUUGACCUGAGUGGUCCUUUGUGACCUGUCUGCCUGGCUGAGGUGGAGACUCCAGAGUGGGUGCCCCGCUGAUGGUGCUGAGGGUCCCCAGGGAGGUGGCAGGCUGGGAUCAUUAACACUCGGCCCUGCAACCCCUGAAAUUCUUGCACACCUGAGUUCUAUGGCCUCCACAGUACAGGCAUGGGGUGUGGGGGGGGGGUGUAAGGAGGUCCAUGCCGGAGCAGUUGGGAUUAGAUUAGAAAUAUGCUGGGAGGGGGGCUGCUUGGGGCCCCCAUGAUGUCCAGCACUGGGCUCUGACCUCCCCUGAGGACACAGUGCCCUCUGGGACCUUUGACACCCAGGGGUCUGAGGGGCCCCAGCUCUGGGGAAGGGUGGAUGGGGGGCAUGGUGCCCUGCACCCUACUGAUCUCCCCUCCCCCUUCUGCAGGUGGUCCCUGUAGGAGCUGAAGGGCCGGGCCCUCCCUCGCUCUUUGGGCACCCUGCUGCUCCCCUGUAGGGCGGCGGGACCAUGGCUGAGAGCACGCUGGCGCCUACGCAGAUGGCACUGGGGGGGCGCUACUACACGUACACUGAGCUCCUGGCCAUCUCAAGGCGCUUCAGGCAGAACCCCGGCGAGCUCAUGGUCACCUGGAUCCUGAGGGUGUAUGACCAGGGCGGCUCAGCCCUGGCCCUGAAUUCCCGGGAGCUGGCACUGCUGGGCGACCUGACCCGCGACGCCGUCUUCAACUACCGCUGCAAGGGCCUGCGGGGCAGCUGCAAGACGCUGCUCGCCUGGCUGCUGCAGGCCUGGCGCCAGCGCUGGGAGUCCUUCGUGCACUUCGAGGCCACCGAGCUGCCCUUCCGGCCCUGGACCGCUGUGGAGGAGGGCAUCCAGCUGGUGCGCGAGCUGGGCAUGCUGGACUGGAUUUACCGGGAGCCCACCUCGCCCCCCGAAUCCGAGCAGGCGCCAUGGCCCGCACCUGAGGACGUGCCCUUAACACAGGGCCUGCAGCGGCGCCUGCUGACGGCUGCGCCCUCCGAGCUGCGGUUCUCGCUGGUCAGCCUGCUGGUCAGGGGCAUGACGGUGCUGGAGGCGGUGCUGGAGAUCCAGACCAUCGCAGACUCCGGCCUGCUCUGGCGCCACAGGCAGCCGGGCCGCGCCAGCUUCAUGCUGGGGCCCAACCCGACUCGCAAGGACCUCCUGGGCUGGCUCCUGAGCCAUGGCGUGCCCAAGGAGAAGGUGGACAAGCAGCCCACCAAGGUCCUCCUGGAGCUCUAUGUCAAAGAGGCCACGCGCAGCCGCAACCACCCGGCCUGCGCACUGGGGGAGGAGCAGCCCCCGCCGCCCCCGUACUCUGACCAAGCCUGCGGGGAGGAGCCGCCUGUGCGCCCUGGCUAGGAGCCUAGGAGCCCGGGAGCCCGCAGCUUCCAGGGGAGCUGGGACCUUGGGGGGAAGCGCGAAGCCCCCUGAGCGGUUCGGGAUGGAUGGAGGGAUACCCACCUGCUCUCAAUCCUGUGGGCAGGCCACCCCCGCAUAGUUUUUGAGGAGCCCAGAAGAAGAAGGUGUCCUUGCCCCUAGACACCCCAUGGGUAUCAUUGGCCAGAGCUGGUGGAGGGGAGCAAGCUGACCGGGCACGCAGUGGCUCCAUAGACACCCUGGCAGGCCUCACAUUUCAGCCCAAAUGGCAGAGUGGGUGAACACCCCUCUGCCCCCUGGGCCCCCAGAGCACUACAGGCCCA